UAUUCAACGAAUUGUCCAAUUACAUAGACCACCAGCAAGUAAGCAAACACGCGCGUGUGUUGCUUGACGCGUCAUCUCACGUUUCGUUCGUCUACUCCAUAAGAUGUGCUUGCGCUACCCGUGCCGCCCCCGAGCGCUCGGAAUCUACAUCGCCGUAUCGUGCCUAUUCUCCGUCUAUCCGUCGGCAUGUGGUGAAGCGGCGCGUGUACUUGGCUUUUUUACUUCACCUUCCAAAUCGCACAUCAUUGUGCACUGCGCAGUGGCCGAUGCGCUGGCGCAUGCCGGUCAUGACGUCACAGUCAUCGCUUCCGGACCGAAUGUACGCAAGCAUGCCAAAUAUAAAUAUAUCGAAUUGCAAACCAUGGGCGCACAUCCACUCAUGUCUACGGAUAUGGUAAAUAAACGUCAAGCAUUUUGGCGACGCUUUGGCUCCAUGUUGAGUUCGAUUAAUCGAAAUGCCAAUGAAACGUUGCAUCAUCCGCACGUGCAGCAGUUUCUGCAGCAGCACCGUGCGGGGGAUUUCGACUUGCUGCUCUUCGGAUAUUUUAUGAACGAUUUUCUGUUAGGUUUGGCGGCGCAUUUUCGCUGCCCCAUUGCGUUCUCUUUCAUGAUUCAACCGAUCUAUGCGGUGAAUAGAUAUGUGGGGAAUCCCAGCGAGCCGGCAUAUAUGCCAGGCAUAUUUGGCUAUUUGGUGCAGCCAAUGAAUUUCCGAGAGCGUGUAAAAAAUAUGAUUGUCGCGAUAAUCGAGGAAAAUGUGGUGCAAACGAUGUUGGAGUAUCACACAAGAAAAUACUACAACUACAACUUCCCGCCAGAUCGUUACCCACCACUCGAUGAGGUGCGCAAAAAUGUCUCGCUGGUCUUCGUCAAUCACCACUUCAGCCAGGGUCCAAUUCGUCCCAACGUUCCCAAUCUAAUCGAAAUCGGUGGCAUACAAAUCAAAGAGAAACCCGAUCCUCUGCCCGCGGAUAUUGGUAAGGUGCUCGACGAAGCCAAAGAGGGCGUCAUCUAUUUCAGUUUGGGCACCAAUAUUCAAAGUACACAUCUAACCGAGGAGAAGGCGAAGAUAAUGUUCAAUGUUAUCUCGAAGCUGCCUUACAAAGUGCUAUGGAAAUGGGGCGACUCAGACCGACCUGGUCAAUCGAACAACAUCAUCUACAAGGAUUGGCUGCCACAGGACGACAUACUCGCGCAUCCUAAUAUCAAGCUGUUCAUCACACAUGGCGGUAUGGGCAGCGUGGUGGAGGCACAAUAUCAUGGCGUGCCCAUGGUGGGCAUACCGCUCUUUGGCGAUCAACCAUCAAAUAUGGCAAAUGUUGAGCGUUCGGGCUACGGCCUCUCCGUGGACUACAUAACGUUGUCGGAGGAGAGUCUUAACAAAGCCAUACAGGAAGUGCUGCACAAUCCCAAGUAUACAAAGACGGUGCGUGACUUCUCGCGCUUGUAUCGCGACCGCCCAAUGUCACCGCGUGAGACAGUCGUCUACUGGGUGGAGUAUGUACUGCGGCAUAACGGCGCCAAGCACAUGCAAUCGCCGGCGGUCCACAUGAAUCGCUGGCAACUAAUGUCACUCGAUGUAAUCGGCUUUUUAUUGGCAAUCUUUGGCUGCGUUGUGGCUGUGUUCGUGAAGAUUUGCAUGCUGCUGUGUUGUAGAAGAAAGACAAAAACAGCCAAGGUGACCAAAGUUAAGGUGAAGAAAGCGAAAAAGAACGAGUAAAUGGGAGAAAUAUUUUUAAUAUAGUUUAGUAUUGUAAAUAAUUGAGUUGGAAAGUAUGAUCGAUUUUUUUAACUAAAUAAAUAUUUUUAAUAUAUUUCUUUUAUUUUGUGCUUCGUUAAUAAAUUUGAAUGGAUUAGCGAUCCUAGCUUUUGAGAAAUUUGAUGAGAAAAUAUUUACCAUAUACUUGCAUAUUACCGUUAUGCGAAAUUAGAAGACAAAUACUGUCCUAAUAAGAUAAGGAAAUAUUUUUACAAAAUAAAGAUUUUAGAAACGAAUAUUUCCAAAUGAAAAUA